AUGAAAACUGGAUUUCAAUUCAUUCCGGAAAGCCGGCCCCUCGUCUAUAUUCCCGCAUCGAGAUUCUUUUGGGAGGCUCCCACUGCCCCCAACACAUCGCUCUACAACUACCCGCUGGAACUGUGGAGUACCAUACCCGAAUCGGAACUGAUCACGAAGCUGUGCGUGUUUAUACCCAUCAUCGUGUUCGGUCUGCUCGGUAAUGGCAUUCUGCUGGAGGUUAUAUUUUCCAACCGUACGCUGCGCACUCCGAGCCAUCUGCUGAUAGCGAACCUGGUAGUGACCGAUUUCCUAACCCUGCUCGUGUGUCCCAUCUUCUUCAUGACGCACGACUUCUUCCAGAACUAUCUGCUCGGACCGGUUGGAUGUAAACUCGAGGGACUUAUCGAAGGAGGCCUUUUGGUCACAUCCGUGCUGGGUAUGUGCGUCAUCAGCUACGAUCGCUUGUCGGCAGUGGUGCUGUCUUCCGGCACACGGCUCAAGGGGCGCGGUACCGUAGCGGCGAUCGUGUUUUGCUGGAUUAUGGGAUUUAGCAUCGCGAUGCCACUGUCCCUAUAUCGGCACUUUAAGAUCCGCCACUGGAAGGAUCUCGUGGAGAUGUACUGCUACGAGGAUCGCUCCGUACUGGCAACGUACUGGGAGUUUCUGCUGGUCAUGCUCGUAUGGGUUCCGCUCGGUGUAAUGUUGGUGGCGUACACCCUGAUCAUCGUUAAGCUGGAUCGCUACGAACGAAAUGCGCUCCGAAGGCAACAUCCGAUGGUGGUCCGGUACAAAAGUCGGGUAGCCAAAACUCUUUACAUUGUGCUGCUGGCAUUCAUUAUUGUACGCGUUCCCUUCACCAUUAUGGUGUUUGUCUACUACAGCAUCGAACCUUUCGAACAUUUCCAGUUCAGCGAAAGUUUCAUUUUCGUCUGGUGGUUGGCGAAGGUUGCCUUCAUCUUCCUGAACGCCGCCGUCAAUCCGCUCAUCUACGGUCUCACAAACAAAACCUUCAAAAAGGCACUGCGAGGAUCGAAAAUCUUGCAGUGCCUGUGUCGUUUGUCACCAGAAGAGCAAGAAUCUACAGCAAUUCCCAAAGCCGCCCAAGCCCAAAGGUUUUGUUGUUUGAGGAGCACAAAUUCGGAUGCAAUGGAACACUCAUCGCAGGACGACAAAGUACUCCAUCGCUCACGAUUUUCCCGUGUCAGUAAGCGGUUCCGCGCGACGUGGCUAAACUCAACGUUUAAAGGGCGACAGCCGAAAAAUGAAACAACUGUAGAUGAUAAAUCGUAA